AUAAGAAUUGUCUAGAAGCAGUUAUUUUAUUAUUGGUAACACUGUCAGAGAUCUGUGUACUACUUCAAUAUAUUUCAAUAUCUUUAGGUUAAGAAUCGGUAAAUACAAACAUGCGACGACACGAUUUCGUAACAAAAAUAAUCUUAUUAUACAUCGUGAUAAUAUGUAAAAAUGUAACAGUAGUAGCUAUACAAGACGAUCAAUAUCAAAGUUAUCCUGCUCAAGGUUUGUACAAUGCCAGUGAUAAUGUGGUAGUAUUAAAUGCUUCUAAUUUUAAAACUAGUGUUUAUGGAGAUUCGAAAGGAUGGUUAGUUGAAUUUUAUAAUAGUUGGUGUGGAUUCUGUUAUCGUUUUGCACCUACAUGGAAGGCUUUUGCAAGUAAUGUUUAUUCUUGGAGAGAUAUUGUUGUCAUUGCAGCUAUAGAUUGUGCUGUAGAUGACAACAAUCCAAUUUGUCGUGAAUAUGAAAUUAUGCAUUAUCCAACGCUUAAAUAUUUUCCUAUUAACGCACAUUCUUCUUUCAUGGGUAUAGUAGUUGAUAAAGGUGAUAGCGUUGAUGAUGUUAGGCAUAACUUGAUUAAAAGACUGGAAAAGGAGCAAGAGGAAGGACGUGGUAUAACGUGGCCUAAUAUUACACCUUAUAGAAAUGCAGAGAUAAAAGACAUAUGGAAAGUUGUACCAAAAACUGUAAAAUACUUUUUUUUAUUAUUUGAGAAAACAGACUCUCAUAUGGGAACUGAAGUCAUAUUAGAUAUGCAUAAGAUUUCAAGUCUGCAAAUACGUAGAGUUAUAUCUGACAAUGAAUUAUUAUGCGUAACAAGUAAAAUCACCAAAUUUCCAAGUCUAAUUGUAAUGAGCCAAACGGAAUCGCAAAAGCUAUUAAAUAUUAGAAUUCCAACAAGAGAAGGUAUUAUACAAACAAUUAAAACCUAUAUGAAUUCAAAGAGUAUAAAUAUAGAUGAACAAAUUAUUGGGAACCGCAAUAGAGAAUUGCUAAUUCAAAAACCAAAUGCAAUAAGUAAUACUAAAUCAAAGUCUCUGCAACAACAGCAAUAUAACUCUGGCACAUUUGAAGAUCAUUUAUAUCAAUUAGAUUUGGAAACAGCUUUGCGAUAUUCCAUUUACCAUGAAGUACCAAUGACUAAAAUGAUAGAAGGAGAAAAGAUGGAGGCAUUGAAGUUAUACUUAGAUGCAAUAGCCAAAUAUUUUCCAAUGAGAUUCAACGGUAUUUUUCUUGACGUAAUUCGUAAUAUAAUCAAUACAAAAGAAACGAUAUCCGGAGAAGAAUUCGUACAUUUAUUAAAAUCUACAGAGGAUGAAAUGUUGCCUGUAUUCUCAGGCCCGCAACAGUGGAUUGCAUGUAAAGGAAGUAAAGAAAUAUAUAGAGGAUAUCCUUGUGGAUUAUGGACAAUGUUUCACAUGUUAACCGUUAAUUUUGGAAUGGAAAAUAAAGAUAAAAAACAUUAUAAUCCCAUUGAAGUGUUACAAGCUAUGUAUGAAUAUAUAAAAAAUUUCUUUGGUUGUGCUGAUUGUUCAAAACAUUUUAUAGAAAUGGCAACAAGAAAUAAAAUAUUUGAAGUACAGAAUGGAGAUGAUAAUAUAUUAUGGUUGUGGAAAGCUCAUAAUGAAGUUAAUGCAAGAUUGGCAGGAGAUGAAACGGAAGAUCCUAAACAUAAAAAAAUACAGUAUCCAUCGCAAGACCAUUGUUCAGAGUGCAGAUAUCCAAAUCAAACUUGGAACGAAGCUCAAGUUUUAUACUAUCUUAAAAGAAAAUAUAGUUAUGCAGGAAUUAAUUAUUAUGGAUCUAGUGAAAAAUAUAGUAACUUACAAAAUAGUAGAUCAAAAAGAAGAUUAGAACUAGCUCCUAACAAAUAUAUAAAUCUUAAAAAAUUGGGUUGGGAUUUUACUGUAUUUGAUAUAAGUAUUUGUGUUGUAUUAUAUGUUACAUCUGCUACAAUACUCACACUUGUUUGCAUUAAAUUUGCUGUAAAAAGAACUUACAGAAAAAAAGCAUACCUAAACUCAUUUGGUAAAGUAUAAAUUCUUGUGAAGAACAGAUUCACAGAUUCAUUGUAGGCAUGUAUAUUGUAGGCAAUACAUUUUUUAAGAUAUUGUAUAUAUACGUCUGUCUAUUCGUCUGUAUAUAUUAUUGAUAUUAUUUAAUAAUCUAGUUCUUCUAUAUGCAUAUCUGCAUUUUUAUAUGUCAUCAACUGAACAAAAGUUCUCGUGCUAUUAUCAAUAGAAUUCUUUACAGAAAUUGUACAGAUCAUAUGUACAAAUAAUGUAUACAUGUAUUUGUAUUACAUUUCGUUAGAUUUCGUUAGAUUUGUGUUAUAAAAUUAUUCUUUUAGAAGUUUAAAAUUAAACACGUCAUGAUCAAUUGUACACUGUUAUGCUAUGUUCAGCUAAAUUUUUUAACAGAAAAAUUUGUAUGAUUAUUAUAUUAAAUACUUUUUUUUUUAUGAUAAAUCCAACAAAAAAAUUUCAUAAUUAUGACAAUCUCAAUGAAAGUGAGUGUUUGUCAAAUCAUCGUUAAUUGUAAAUAUCUAUUAUUUUAAAGUUGAAUUUAAAUUUUGCAUAAUUACGUAAAUAUAAAUAUACAUAAAAAAAAUUUCUACAUGGAUAUAUAAAUAUAUCAUACAUAUAUAUUUUAGAAAUUUUCUGUAUAAUCGAUUUAAGAAAGCAAAAAAUAACGAUUAAAUUUUAUUAGCAGCUACAAGGAUCAACUUGUAUUCAAGUUGAUUUUAUUUGACUAAAUAUAGUAGAUCCAAAUCAUUACUCCGUAUAAGUUUUAUAUAUGUAUAUGUAUAUAUUUAUACAGCACUAUAUCAUAACUUUCAAUUACUAAUAUAGAAUAUUUAUAGAAGAUAAUACGGAUUACUCAUUAUUGAUAUAAUGUACAAUUUUAAAAGUUCCAUAUUGACAUAAUUUAUUUAUUAGUUCUUUAAAAGAAUUUUUACUUUAAGUAGAAAUGUCUUACAUGGCAAUUUAAUAAAUUUUUAUUUGUAACAAUGUGCAAAAUAGGAAAUACAUUUUCUUUUUUUUUAAAACACAUUUAUAUAUUUCACCAAAUAUUUAUAUA